UACACUUGGCACAGUGCAGUCAGGCAGGUGCCAUUCUCCUGGCAACUGCCAAACACAGAUUUUCAUCGGAUUGCCAGACAGAGAAGCGUGAUUCAUCACUCUAGAGAACUUGUCUCCACUGCUCUAGAGUCCAGUGGCGGCGUGCUUUACACCACUGCAGCCGAGGCACUUGCAGAUUUGUGGUAAACUAACUCAAUGUAUUGUAUAUGGUAUAGAAUAAAUAGUGGUUUGAGUAUAUAGGCACAGGUGGCAACCUAUCACGGUACCAUGCUUGAAUUCACUGAGCUCCUGAGAGCGACCCAUUCUUUUACAAAUGUAUGUAGAAGCAGUCUGCAUGUCUAG